AUGGCCUCCAUCUUCACAUACGACCCCGACCCCCCGCGCGUGUCCUCGCCCUGGCUCGCCCCCGACGAUGCGCCCCAGCAGACUCCUCAAGGGUCUCCGGCCCCCAGUUUCGUGUCCGACUACGGUGUGACGAAGCUCCAGGCAGAGCCCCAGCAGGGUCCUACCGAGUACAAGCUCCAUCUUCUGCUGCGGCCCAGACGAACCUACACUUUCAUGAGCACGGCCGGGUCACGGCAAUCACCCCCCCCGAAAUCAGCACCCAUUGCUCUAGCAGCCUCCCACCAGCCCCGGCAUGAAAGACUCAAACACCUGACCACGCAGCUCCUUUGGAGGCUGCAGCAGUCGUCGCCUUUCCAUGCCUCGAGUUCCAAGGAGCUGACCAUGCCAAAGCUGUCCUACGUUAGCUUCGAUCCCAAUACGCCCAUCCAGCUCGAAGAGCUGGUGCCCGGGCUUGAGGAGUCCCGAGGGGCCCUUUACGAAAUCGGUGUUUCCGACGACGGCACCUUGGUUGGCCUGACCAAGGAUGAAAUGAGUGAGAGCAUUGCAACCUUGCGCGUCAUGGCUGCCAGUUUAGGAUGCAACGUUGAUGUCGUUCGCAUGGUCAUCGUGGGAGAGUGCGAAUGGGUCGAGUCAGCCGAGCUCGUCAACACAGAUGCCUCAACCCCACGCUCAGACACCAGGAAAGGCAGGCUGUGGGUGGCAGAAGUCCUGGUCACACCCAACCUCGGCCUGCAAAGUGACCAUCAUCAGGGCGAACAAGGUGGCUCGGAGCUGGCGACGGGUGUGUGGGCCGCCAACUCCCUCGAUUCUGCGACAGGUCCGAGCCGAGGAAGCUCAUCGACACCCCAGCUCCGGGUUACCUUGACCGGGCCCACGACUUCUGGCAAGUCCACUCUGCUUGGGACCCUGUCUGCUGGGAUGCUGGACAACGGUCGAGGAAAGAGCCGGCUGAGUCUGCUCAAACACCGGCACGAGAUGGUGUCUGGGGUGACGAGCUCCAUUGCCCAGGAGCUGAUCGGAUACAAGCACGAGCAAAUCCUGAACUUUGCACAAGGUAACAUUGAGUCAUGGGUUGAUAUCCACGACUGUGCCGAGAAAGGCCGGCUCGUCUUCGUCUCCGACUCGGGCGGACAUCCCCGGUAUCGCCGUACUGUGCUGCGUGGACUCAUGAGCUGGGCGCCCCAUUGGAGCGUCCUCUGCGUCGCUGCAGAUGCAGUCGAGGAAGCGCCCGGCGGCGUCGGUGCAACCUCAUCUGCGCAAGAUGUAUUGGGUUCCGCUGCGGCCGAGGUCGACCUCGUCAAGGCGCACCUGACCCUGUCGCUGAAACUCAACGUGCCCAUGGCGAUUGUCAUUACCAAGUUGGACCUGGCGUCCAAGUUGAGCUUGCAAAAGACCAUGGUCAAGGUCCUGACAUCCAUUAAGGAGGCUGGACGGACGCCCAAAAUCCUCCAGCCCGAUCAGAGGCAGCACGAUGAGCUCAAACAGAUAUCGCAAGAGGACCAAGCCAAGGUGCAGGCCUUUCUCGACAGCCUAGCUGAAAGCGGAAGCCUGACUGCGCAGGUCCCUAUUGUGCUGACGAGUGCAGUCAAGGGAACCGGCAUCGGGCUCGUCCACGCCCUCCUCGCGAAGAGACCAAAGUCUCUGUUUCAUGUUGACGACACUUUCAGUCUACCAAACUCGUACAGCACCCUGGCUUCUGGACUCAAUGGGCGGGCUGGUCGAGGCGUCGUGGUUUCCGGGCAUGUUCGCUUCGGAAGCCUGUCCGUCGGGGACAGGAUCGUCGUUGGCCCGUUUCAACCCGUGGACGAAGAAGCCCGUGGCUUGGAGUUGGCCGCGGGAGAGCGCCCACCGUUGGGAAGUUGCGGGCUCUCGAUAGCGCAUCCGUCGUCAGCGGAGCUAGCCAAGAUAGCCGUGAAGAAUGCGAUAUCAGCAUCUGCCAUGGUAGGAGAGUGGCACACAGCACAGAUUGUGAGCAUUCGAAACCUCCGAUUGCCUGUGCGCUGCCUCGAGGCUAGCCAAGCUGGGUCUGUCGGACUUGUUUUCGAGCCGGAUGCCGAGAGCAACACCGCGAUCGAUGACACGCCCCGGAUACGCAGAGGCAUGGUGCUGGCACCCCUGUCAAAGCACAUGAUAGAUACCGGACUUUCUUUGCAGGCGGUCAGCGGAUUUACGGCGGCAUUUGGAGAUCCUGGGAUCCAGUUGCUGACUGUCGGGUCAUUUGUUAAUGUAUAUUUCGCCAGCGUACGGGCGGCGGCUCGUGUCCUGCACGUGUCUUGCCGCGAAUCGGGUGACGAAUCGAGAAGGGGGGCACCAGACGAUCUGGACGACAUUUUCGACCUGACGAGGGAGCCUGCAGGUGACAGCCAUGUCAGCGAACGUCCCAAGAACCGAGGCACCAGAACAGUGGCCCUAGAGCUGCUCCACAACCGGGAGUGGAUGGAGUUGGGCUCCAAGGUCUUGUUGCUGGAAGGAGGAAGCCAAGACCGGUCGGGGCUAGAGGGAUACGUGGGCAGAGUUGUCGAGAUUACGGAGUAG